AAAAAAAGAAAAGAAAAAGAAAGCCAUAAAGCAAGGAAAACAGAGAAAGAAAAGAAGAAAAGAAUGAGUACAGGGUGCAAGAACUCAGUGAGCUGUGUUGAUUCCAGAGCUCCGGUGAGAGCUAGCUACAUCAACCUCUACAAAUGGCCGGACUCCGACUUCGAGUUCGUCCGUUCAGUCACCGGAAAACCCUCCCACGGUGGCCGGAGAAGAUGGUCGGAGAGUCCCAGAGUGGUUGAUAGCUAUUCAUGCAGACAGAUGUAUCUAAGGAGCUACACCUUCUCUAAAAAAGAGACUGUUAAUGAGAAAACUAGAAAGUGUUUGGCCAAAGUGAAGGUGAAGAUGAUGAACAACAAGAGAAAUGAGAAGAAGAUGAAGAUGAAGAACAAGAAGAAGGAUUGUGUUGUUGUGGUGAAGACUGUGGUUUGUUCUUUAUUUCAGCGUCUUCUUUCUUGCACCACCUCUGUUGAUGUUGUGGAUGAACAUCACUCCUUUCAAGGAUAAGAACUCUUGCUCUUCA